GACUACUUCACAGUGCAGUGAUCCUCCGGUCAUGUGUGUUGUAGUGCAGCUGCAUGGUGCUUUACCGUUAAAACAAACCAUAUAGAUACCACAGAGUCCAUUAAAACAUGAAUAAUCCGGUUUGAAGUACGGAAAGACGCCAUUUCACGACAAAAGCCUGCUGUCAUUUGACUCCUCAAUGGGUUUCCUGAAUGCAUUGAGAGCUGUCAGAUGCUACCUCAGCCUCUUUCCAACGUCCAAAUCAUGCCUCUCCACCAAAGCCUCCCUGCUGGGGGACACAAACAUCCUGCUCAUGGGUGCUCCUGGAGCAGGGAAGACCACAGUGGGGAGGAUAGUGGCCCACAGACUGGGGCUACCUGUCAUUGACGUUGAUGAUGAUGUCUUGGAGACGACAUGGAGGAUGCCUGUGGCUGCCAAGCUGGCAGCAGUUGGUGGUGAGUGUUUCCUGGAGGAAGAAGGCCAGGCUUUGUGUAACUUCUCUGCCUCUGGGUGCGUUGUCUCCCUGACAGGCUCUAACCCUCUUCACGCUGCAGCGAUGCAGCACAUAAGAGAGUCCGGGCUGGUGAUCUACCUGGACGUGGACAGCGAGGACAUCAUACAGAGACUUGCUAGGAUGAAGGUGAACAGGAUAGUGGGCCAGGAGGCAGGGGUGUCCAUGAAAGACAUUCUGUGUUACAGGAAACAGUUUUAUGAGAAGUGGCUUGAUGUGCGGGUGCUGUGUGGAAAAGGGGACACAGUGGAGGAAGUGGCAGACAAGGUGCUGAAGGCUCUGGAGAGGUAUCAGAACCAUGCUGCAGAAACAUAUGUGUCAACCAGGAGUGACAGCGUAGCAUCGUCCAAUCAAAAAGCAUACUUCAGUGAUGUGGUAGUUGAGGGUCUGGCCACAGAUGGAGGCCUCUAUGUUCCCAAAAAUGGCUUCCCAAACCUCGAUGCUCGUGAAUGGCUGAGACUAGUUGACAUGUCGUACCCAGAACGAGCAUUAGUUUUACUUGAAAAGUGCAUACACCCGUUGGACGUCUCUGCUUUGGAUCUCAGAACGAUGAUAUUCAAAGCAUAUGGAUCUAACUUUUCUAGUGAGGCAGUAGCACCUGUGAAACCUCUUGUCCACAAUCAGUAUGUUCAGGAGCUUUUUCACGGCCCCACCGCCUCAUUUAAGGACCUCGCCUUGCAGCUGAUGCCCCAGCUCUUUGCUUACUGCCUCCCACAGAUGUGCAACUACCUCAUUCUGGUGGCCACCUCUGGGGACACAGGAAGUGCAGUGCUCAGUGGCUUCAGCAGGCUCAGUGGCGUUGACAAACACAGGACAGGGGUGCUGGUGUUCUUCCCAGAGGACGGCGUGAGUGAGAUUCAGAAGCUUCAGAUGACGAGCUUCAGGGAGGGCAACGCCAGGGCCGUGAGCAUCCUGACAGACUUUGAUUUCUGUCAGAGAACCAUAAAGAGGAUGUUUGGAGAGUCUGGGCUGACCGGACACCUCGCUGUGGAGUAUGGCACAGUCCUCAGCACCGCCAACUCCAUCAACUGGGCCCGGCUGUUGCCACAGGUGGUUUAUCAUUCCUCAGCCUAUCUGGAUCUGUGCAGGGACGGUGUUAUCAAGUUCGGGGAGCCUGUUGAUGUUUGCAUCCCUUCUGGUAACUUCGGCAACGCCAUGUCAGCCGUGUACGCCAAGCAAAUGGGCAUCCCGAUAAGAAAAGUCAUCUGUGCGUCCAACCACAACCGCAUCAUCACGGACUUUAUCACCACAGGCGAGUACGAUCUCCGGGGACGGCCUCUGGUGCUCUCCCACUCCCCGGCUAUAGAUAUCCUCAAGUCCUCCAACCUUGAGAGGUUUAUCUUCCACGUCUCAGAUGGAGACGGCCGUCUGGUCAAGGAGCUGUUCACACGCUUAGACAGGCAGCGGCACUUUCAGGUUCCUGAGCCUCUUCUUGGCAGGAUUCAGCAGGAAGUGCUGGCUGGCUGGUGCUCUGAAGACGACUGCUUGGCCGCCAUCCAGAGCGUUCACACACAAACGGGCUACCUCAUGGACACACACACCGCCGUGGCGAAAGUGGUGGCUGAUAGGCUGCAGGACGGUGCGUGUCCCGUGGUGCUUUGUUCCACCGCUCACUACGGGAAAUUUGCACCUGCUGUGUUCAAAGCUUUGCAAAUCCAGAAUAUUCCCGAGGAUCCCGUCGAGCAGCUGAAGAAGCUCGGAUCUACUGCAUCCAGACCUGAAAUCCACAGAGACAUGAUGAAGUGCCUGAAGGAGAGUGGCAGGAGGAAACAUGCUGUUUGUCAGGCAGAUUACGGCGUGUUGGUGGACGAGGUGGAGAGCAUGAUACAGGACUCCUUCUUGAAAGUUAUGUAGGAUUGUUUCACCUUAAAUUAAUGUUGAUUUAAAUCAGAAUUAAUUAUUUUCAAAAAGUCUUUACGUAUCCUGGUUGUAUAUUGUUUUUUCCCAAUUAAUUUGUAAUGUUUUUAAAGCAAAUUUAACAAAUAAAAGGACAUGAAAGAUCAAAUCUGGCAAAAAAGAAAGAAAUUAAAACAGAAAAAAAAAAUCAAUGACGCAAAAUUGAAGAAAAAUCACCACUUAUGAGCAGGUGUGAUCAUGAAAUUGAUUUUAGAAGACAUAAUUUAAAAGUCUUCAGCCUGCAAGAUUGAGAAAAAUGAACAAUAAUUUCACUCUGAUUACACUGUAAUAGAGCCCUAAGCUCAAUUUAAAGCCUAUUGAUUAUGCAACAUUUCUUUACAUCAUUCUCAGAGCCCUGGCCCACUAGAUGGGGGUGUCUACCUCUUAGCCACUGCUGUGGCUGUGUGGGAACACUGGUGCAAGUGUUGCAGUAACCCUGUCACUGUGAGGAGAAUUAAUCACUGGCAAAGUCAGAAGGUCAAGUAAACUAGUAAAUAGUGAUGUGAAAUCAAUAUCUGCAGUCAGCGAGAUAAUCAUCUCCUUCCAGUUAAUUGUAUUCUUAUGCAUUACAGUGUGACAAUACUUAUGUGCAGUAUAUUUCCUUAAUGAUAUCUGUCAAGCUCUGUUGUGUCUUUGUUCAGGACAGUUACUGUAUACACUGUAAUAAAUAUGGACAUGAAAAAUAUUUUUAAUUAUAUUAAAAUGUUUUAUUUACCUAA